AUGAAGAACAACACGCUACACUGCCGAUUACUUUCGACAUCCAAGAUCAGCGUCGCUUACAACGUAUUUUUAAUCGUAACGCUAACUGUCCUUAAUGUAUUGUUCAUUGCGCGCUUCUACGAAACUGGAUACGUUGGGAGCGACAAAUUCGACCGUUUGAUGGGCUCCAUCGAGGAUUUUCUAGACCUACUUUCCGUCAUUUCAAUAUUAACGACGUACACUCUGCUCCGGAAAAACAUACUCGCGAUGGCCAACAAAAUCAAAGCAGCCGAGAAAUGGUUCAUCAUUUUCGAUUCCAAUGACGAGCACACGAAUGAAAAGCAACAUCGUACCACCAUAAUACUACUGUUGAUGGUGCAAUGGCUUAUUUUCACCUUAAAAUUCGCUACUAUAACGAAUCAAAGGGAAUACAUAUUGUUUUGCGCGUCAAAAUACUUUAGCGACUUGAUAAGUAAAAAUACAUUCACGCAGUACGUCGUUAUGCUGAAACUGAUAAAAAAAUCGUUCGAGAGGGUGAACGAAAAAUUGUCCCGCAUUCUACGUGACUUGUCGACUAGGAAAACUGACGUUCUGCACCACCAGCAAAACAAUGUUGAGCCUACGGUACAAAAAUUAAAUGUUUUGCACAAAAAUCAUCUGUUGCUUUGUGAAAUAUCGAAAGACGUAUCGGAUUUUUAUGCUUACUCGAUGUUUAUCAGUUUAAUCGAUAUAUUCAUCGCGUUGGUUGUAUUGGUUUAUCUGCUCGCAAAGACCAUUGUUUUAGGUGUGAUUAACAUGUCUGCGAUGGAUUACAUCCACGUAAUCGUGUGUUGGUUCAAUUGUGUCGUUGCAUUGCUAUCUUUGACCACAUCUGUUGGGGCUACUGUUUCGGAGAGCAAGAGUACCAGUGGGAUAAUCAAUUCUUGUCUAGUCAAUACAAAUGAUGAAGAGAUAAUUAAAAAGUUAAAUCAGUUCUCCAAUUAUUUGUUGCACGUCGAUUUGAAGUUUACAGUGUUUCACCUUUAUCGGCUCGAUCAAUCGAUUUUACUAUCGAUUUCCGGAUCAAUUACGACGUAUCUAGUCAUACUCUUUCAGUUUCAAGAUGACAAUUGA